GUGGGGAAACAUUACCCACGAUCGUCGUUCUCGAGCUCGAUCGCCCGCUCCGCCGUCGCCGUUCUCGAGGUCGAUCGCCCGCUCCGUCGCCAUUCUCGAGGUCGCCCGCUCCGUCGCCGAACCCUUGCUAGUUCUUGCGAUCUCAAGGCUGCUAGUUCUUGCGAUUUCAAUUAGUUUAAGAUUUCGAUCCAUCAGAAUACCAUGGAGGCCGUACAGAUCCGCCCUCCCCUCUCGAUUGCUAGGGUUUCUUCUUCUUCUCUCGAUCGGAGGUGCUCAAGUCGCCAGCUUGUUAGGAUCCCAGCUGUCGCUACACGAAAGAAGCUCUCAGUUUCUAUGUGCCUCAGUGAAAGUAGUACGACAACUCCUGGUUUUGACGCCAAUACUUCUCUACAUUAUACUGAGGAACAAGCAAAGCAACAUACAGAUGAACCUAUGAAAUCAUACCCUACUGCAGAGAAAGCUAAUGGAGGGGCAGAAAUGAAUUUGCCCAUAGAAGAACAAAAUCUUAACCCAAAGAAAUAUGCAAAAAUCCAUGAUUUUUGUUUGGGCAUCCCCUUCGGUGGGAUUGUACUUGGUGGUGGGCUUUUCGGGUUCCUUUUCUCCAGAAAUCCUGCAAGUCUAACUACAAAUGGGGUUUUGGGAGGUGCUAUACUGGCCAUGGGAUUCAUAAGUCUAAAAGUCUGGAGACAAGGGUUAUCCAGCUUACCAUUCAUGUUAGGGCAAGCAGCCUUAGCUGCAACUCUUGUCUGGAAGCAUCUCAAAGCGUACUCCUUGACCAAGAAAGCUUUUCCCGCUGUAUUUUAUGUUGCCAUGAGCGCUGUAAUGCUUUGUUUCUACUCAUAUGUGCUCAUCGCUGGAGGAAACCCGCCACCAAAGAAGAAGUUGGCAGCUUCCUCCUAAUCAUAGAUGAAAAUGUUGUGAUCUUUUCGAUUAGCUGUUUUAAUGACAAAUGUGUCACGUAUAGAUCCAUAUAUUAUCAAAAAUAUGUAUCUUUUUUUUGUUUUUGUUUUUUUGUGCUUACUUAUUUUGUGUUAACUAAUAAUUUUGUGAAAUUGACUCUUGGGAUCUUUGGAGAUAUGUAUCGUUACAGUGCCAAAAGCCUUCUUCGUAACGUUA